GUUAAAAAGAAUCCGAUAAAAAAGAUUUCUACCACUUUAAUGGGGGGCACGAUUUGAAAAAAUCAUCUAAAACAAAAUAAAGUAAAGAGUGAAAGUAAGAGUAAACUCUCGUCAGAGAAAGAGAGGGAGGAAGCCGCGAGAAAGCGAAUCGUACGAUGUCAUCUCAUGGGAAUGAUCCACGUCAGCCAUCGGCGGCGAAGCCAUACGUAGCCCCGGUGAUUGCUCCACAAGACCUUCCGAUCGAUUACGCCGGUUUCAUCGCCGUCAUAUUCGGCGUCGCCGGUGUUAUGUUCAGGUACAAGCUGAGUUCGUGGUUGGCUCUCAUAUUCUGUGCGCAAUCCAUUGCUAACAUGAGGAAUGUAGAAAACGAUCUCAAACAAGUUAUGAUGGCUAUGAUGUUUUCUUUAAUGGGAUUGAUAACAAACUACUUUGGACCUCCUAGACCCGGUGGCAAGCAAAGCUGAGCACAAAUGGAAAUUUAGAGUAAUUCAGUGUUUAUGUUUUCUUUAUUGUGUGGUUUUUCUAGUUCACUUUAUUAAUUUUGCUUUUUGAAGACCGGAGAUUUGUCUAUUUUGACAAUUUGAUUUUUAAAUUUUAACAUCAACGAUA